UCAGUUUCUUCAUUCCGCCGCCGACGACACAAGCGCUCGGUUGUGUUCCCGCUCGCAAGUUCUUGAAUUGCCAUUUGCUCGGACGCGAAGUUGACAUCUUGAGUGGCGGUUCGCGUUCGAAUUGAAUACGAAGUGAAUUCGAUUCGGAGUCUUCAAGUGGAUCUUACGAGACUGGAGUCCGGGCUUACACGUAGCCACCAACAGACAUAGACCAUGGCCGAGAAUGAGCCUCUGAACGAGACACAGAAACAUGCCAAUGGGCGGAUCCUGCCCGCCAAUGGACACAUAUCGCCCGCCACCAACGGUCAGGUCCAUGCCAAUGGCAAGGUGGCCACUCCGGUUCAGAAUGGCAAUGGGACACACAUCGAGGCGCCCUGCUGUCGGGACAUACACGGCAAGGAGCCGCCGGACGGAGGAGCACGCGCCUGGCUGGUGAUGGUCAGUGCCUUCCUGUGCAAUGGCAUCAUUUUCGGGUUCAUCAACACCUACGGUGUGCUCCACUCCCUGCUGACGGACCGGCUGACAGAACUGGGCGAUCCGGAGGCCUCCAGCAAGGCGGCUUUAAUUGGCUCCUUGGCUAUUGGCACCACAUUCCUCUUCUCCACGGUGGCCGGCUGUCUGACCGACAAGAUCGGACUCCGGCUGACCACGUUCGCCGGUGGUGUUCUCUCAGCCGGAGGCCUUUUGUUGUCCUCGUUCUUCACGGAGAACAUCAGUGCCCUGUACUUCACCUACGGGAUUAUGUUUGGCCUGGGAGCUGCCCUGGCCUACACACCCACGCUAGCUAUCCUGGGUCACUACUUCAAGCGGUACCUGGGAAAGGUGAGCGGCUUUGUGACCGCCGGUUCCAGCGUCUUUACUGUGAUAUUGCCACCUUGCCUGGACAAGCUCCUGGCGGGAUACGGCCUGGAGGCCACUUUGAGGAUGAUGAGUCUCGUGUCUGCCUUCAUCAUCAUUUGCUCCUUCGUGUACAAGCCACUGCAUCCGCCGCCAGAGCCACCAAAGAAGAAACCUGGCAGAUCCCGCAUCAAUCUCUUCCUGCGCUCCAUCGUCAAUGUGGAGAUCUGGAAGCGUAAGCGCUUUGUGAUCUGGGCACUGUGUGUGCCACUGGCUCUAUUCGGCUAUUUUGUGCCCUACGUCCACAUGAUGCAGUUUGUGAAGACCACUUUCCCCGGCGAGGAUGUCAAUCUUCCAGUGAUGUGCAUCGGAAUCACCUCGGGCAUUGGUCGGCUCAUCUUUGGCAUUAUAGCGGAUAUGCCUGGAGUUAAUCGCAUGUACCUGCAGCAGUUGUCACUGGUUUCCAUUGGCGUUGUUACCCUGCUCCUGCCCCUAACCAACUCAUAUGUGGUUCUGGUGUCCUUCACCCUGGUCAUGGGGCUGUUUGACGGCUGUUUUAUCUCCCUACUGGGACCUAUUGCCUACGAGAUCUGUGGCCCUUCAGGAGCUACACAAGCUAUUGGUUUUCUUCUGGGCUUGAGUUCCAUUCCACUGACAGUGGGUCCUCCAGUGGCGGGCAUGAUAUUCGACAGCACAGGCUCCUACACCGUGCCGUUGAUUCUGGCAGGACUGCCUCCACUUGUGGGAUCUUCACUGCUGUUCCUCAUCAAGUGCGUCAAGGAGGAGGAGAACGGCGUGAGUGCACCGCGAGCAGUGGUGCUGGCCAAUGGAGACAUCGAGAUAGCCAGAAAUGGUCAUCAUCAGUCGGGGGGCACCAAGUCGAGUGCGCCGCUGAUGGGUGCCACAAGUAAUGGGGUUAAUGGAACAACAGCAGAAGCCACCCGAGGAAUCCACAGCAAUGGACACGUGGACAACGGAACCGGUUCGUACCCCGACUCUCCUUGGCCUAGCCUUACUCGCUUCUCAGACUCCGCCGCCUGCGACCAUCCAAGUAGCUCGUUUCACACUAACCCGGGCACGGGUACUCCCCUGCCCAGUUGCUCACACACUGCCCUGUUGAGCCGGGCUUCUGGCUCUAGGUCCAGCUUGUCCCAGCCCCUGAACGAUGACCUCAAGAGGCGUCGCUAUACUUAUACUGUUUACUAACCAUCAGCCUAUUGCUUUCUGCUUCUGUAAAAUCCGCCUUAGGUGUUCAACGAUUUUGUAUUCGAAUAGCAUGGCUAAGUUGCAAGCUUUAGAGCACUCUAGACACUACAUCCCAGCACCAAGCAUCCCUAACCUUUAAUUCCCAUUCCCAUUC